AUGGAUGAAUCGACUUCCACAAAUUUAAACAUGUCAAACGAAUUUUCUCAAACCGAUACAUUAAAAACAAAUAAUAACACAUUAAAACGAAAAAGUGUAGGCCGUCUAAAAGAAAAAAUUUGGGAAUUUUAUAUAACUAGUAAUGUUACAAAUAAUCGUAGUGCAACUUGCCAUUAUUGUUCAAAAUAUUGGAGCUGUGGAUGUCCUUCAGAAAUGGAGGCUCAUCUUGCGAAUAUUUGUCCUAGUGUUCCUAAAGAUAUAAAAGAAAAUUGGCAAGAAUUACUUUUAGAUAAGAUUACUAAUUACAAGAGAACAAAAAGCUCAAAUCAAAAACAUACAAACCAACUUGAUUUAUCGCCAAAUCAUCACGCUAAUGCACUUUUAAAAGAAGGGUUAGCUAAUUUACAAAUCAAAGGUGGUGAUUUAAAAUUAUAUAUUAAAACACGGUGGUGUUCUCUUUGGAAUACAGCUGAUUCACUAUUACGUGCAUGUUCUAUAUUUGAAUGGAUUAAGCGAUUAAAAAAAAGAUCAUUUAGACGGAUUUGUGAAAUUGCAGCCAAUUAUUGGAAAGCCUUAGGUAAUGAUGAGUAUUCGUAUUCAGAUUUGUUGGCUGAUCUUAGAAAGUAUAAGCGAAUUAAAGAUCCUUUUGAUAUGAAAUAUAAAAAAGAAAGUGAACUAGCGCUUAAUUGGUGGCUUACAUUUGAUGAGG